UAUCCCCAUCGCCACUUUGCCACAACACAAGUCACCGUUUUCUCUCACUCAUGCUCCCUCACACAUAGCAAACUCAUGGCAACGAUCCACAAGUGCCUCACACAUUUCACCACCGCAAAGAAAAGCACCAACAUCCUCGUACCUCCUGUUUCCAAGAGGCAACACUCCUUGUACUUCAUCCACUACCACAGAGCUAUGUGUCAGGGAUGCUACCUUUCAAUGAACGGUUGCAGGGAAGGGCAACAUCAAAAUGCCAGAGACCCUGUUGGCACUAUAGAAACUCGCACGUUGGCACCAGUUGCAUCACCUGCAAUGGCUAUGUAUAGUCUCAACACUGCUAUUUCGGAGCUGAAAUUAGAGGCUCCAUUUGGUGCCUCUUCUGGCAUAGUAAGGAUGCAGGUGCCUAUUGAAGAGCAUGUUGAAGCCAUUGAUUGGCUCCAUUCACAGAACCACCUUCUGCUUCCUCGUUGCUUCUUCUCUGGCAGGGAACAUAGUCCUUGCAUUGGAGGGAACUUGGUUAGUGUUGCUGGUGUGGGUUCAGCUGUUUUCUUUUCUCGACCACAUCCCUUUUCCUAUUGGGAUUGGAUAUCUAUAAGGAGGUUUCUUUCUGAGAGAUGCCCUUUAAUCCGUGCAUAUGGAGCUAUCCGUUUCAAUGCAAAAGCUAAGGUGUCAUCAGAGUGGCUGGAUUUUGGUUCUUUCUACUUCAUGAUUCCUCAGGUUGAGUUUAAUGAGCUUGAAGGAGGAUCAAUGCUUACCAUAACUAUUGCUUGGGAUAAUGAUCUUUCUUGGUCAUGGGAGAAUGCAAUCAAUUCACUCCAAGAAACACUUUGCAAAGUUUCUUCUUCAAUUGUGAAGUUUCCAAAACAAACUCCUCCGACACUAAUAUUAAGAAUCCAUAACACUCCCAGUAAAGUAGACUGGGACCUUGCUGUUAACAGAGCUUUGCAGAUGAUAGAACAAAAUGACUCCUUAUUAGCCAAGGUUGUGCUAGCUCGAAGCACUAGAGUAGUGCCUACUGCUGAUAUUGAUCCUAUUACAUGGUUAGCUUGCUUAAAGGUUGAAGGUGAAAAUGCUUAUCAGUUUUUCCUUCAGCCACCAAAUGCACCAGCAUUCAUUGGGAACACACCAGAGCAACUAUUUCACAGAAAAUGGCUCCACAUUACUAGCGAGGCUUUGGCUGGAACCCGUGCUAGAGGAGAGUCACAAGCAUUAGACCGUCAAAUUGAGCUUGAUUUACUUACCAGUCCAAAGGAUGACAUUGAGUUUACCAUAGUGAGAGACACUAUAAGAAGAAAAUUAGAGGCAGUAUGUGAAAAGGUUGUUAUCAAGCCAAAUAAAAUGAUAAGAAAACUCCCCAGGAUUCAACAUUUAUUUGCUCAGUUAACUGGAAGGUUAAGAAGUGAAGAAGAUGAGUUUGAAAUUCUGUCAUCCCUUCACCCAAGUCCAGCGGUUUGUGGGUUUCCAACAGAAGAGGCUCAACUUUUAAUUGCAGAAACAGAAGUAUUUGAUCGAGGGAUGUAUGCUGGACCUGUUGGUUGGUUUGGAGGAGGAGAGAGUGAGUUUGCCGUUGGCAUCAGGUCAGCAUUGGUAAAGAAGGAUAUGGGAGCAUUUAUAUAUGCUGGAACAGGGAUAGUUGAAGGAAGCAGUCCCUACUUGGAGUGGUAUGAGCUAGAACUCAAGACAUCUCAGUUCACCAAGUUGCUCAAACUUGACUUGCCUCAGAGACAAAAGGUAGACUGUAAAUGAGUUCCAUCAAUUGAUAAGUUAGGGAUUAUGCUAUCUCCUUGCUUUGGAUUUUGUUGCUUCCUCAUGUCAGCGUGGAACCUAAUAGAUUAUUAAGAUUGGCAAUUCUGAAGUGGAGCUUUGGACUAACGAAUUAGUUGUUUAUAUAAUGGUUUGAUUUCUUGCUCAUUUAAGUAAAUUCAACAAAACUAGUAAUACUUAUAUUGGUUAAGAAGUCAAAUACUGCAAUUUUUUCCCCUAAUACUGGUAUUAUGUGUUAGGGAUUUACUCUUAAGGUAGAACAAAAACAUUAUGAUGUAAGAAUAUAUUUGGGCAUACCACCAAAUCAAAAACUACUUUG